CCACGGCUCCGCCACGCCUACAAGAUGGCGGCGGCCGCGCCCUUCCCGGUUCCUCUCCAUCCCGCGGGACGCGGCCGUGGGGCAGCCGCGCCGUGAGCGAGCACGGCCCGAGGGGGUCCCGGGGAGCCGGGCGCAGGGUGUCUCACAGGCUCCGGGGGCUGAGCCGUUCGCUGCUGGGACCGGGAUGGAGCUGGGGCGGCUAGAGUACCUGCAGGCCCUGGUCACCGAGUUCCAGGUGACAGACAGCCCAGAGGCCAAGGAGCAGGUACUGGCGAACCUGGCCAACUUCGCCUACGAUCCCAAAAACUACGAGUACCUCCGGCAACUGCAGGUCCUGGAUCUGUUCCUCGAUACGCUCACCGAAGACAGCGAGACCCUUGUGGAGUUUGCGAUUGGCGGUCUUUGUAACCUGUGCCUGGAUAAAACUAACAAAGACUACAUCUUGGAGGCAAAUGGGGUAGAGCCCAUUAUCAACUGCCUCUCCAGCUCCAACGAGGAGACGGUCAUGUCGGCAGUCACAACACUGAUGUACCUGACAACGCCACAGUCACGCCAGCAGACCACAGCUCUCCCGGUAGUGGAGUGCAUGCUUCGCUUCUCUCUCUCGGCCAGCAGAAGGCUAAGGAAUCUGGCAACCGUCUUCCUGGAGGAUUACUGCACACCACUGCAAGUGGAAGAGGCCAGGAAUCCGAGCAAACACACAGCGGUGGGGAUUCCUCUCCCCAAGGACUGAGCAGCGCAGAGCUGUUGAGGGGGAGACCUCCCUGUUUUCCUAGGCCUCCACUUUCUGCUCAGCAGGUCAAGAGUGUGUCGAGAACAACAAAGAGGGAUAUCGGUCAUACCAGCAGUGGAUUUUAGUUAGUAAAGGCCAGUGCAGCACUACCAUAGCUGCAUGCUUGGCCUGACUGACAAAGCUGCAAGUGAGUAUUUAAAAUAAAAACAGGUCAUGGCUGUUGGGGAGCAGGUAGCCAAGUUCAGCCCAGCACUCAGCUUGCACAAAUCACCCUUCCCAGCAACCAGGUUGGGGGGUUUAUAUCCCCUCCAGUUCCUGGCUGGUGUUGCCACAGUUCUCCUCUUCAGCAUCAACUCAAAUGACUUUGAAAUGUCACAUAAACUUUAUUCCUCCUGCAGAAGAAAGAAGGUGUUUCCCUGCCCUGGCAGUUUGCAAUCUUACUGCAUCCCUUUGGUACUAAAUAUGGCAUCCUAUCAUCAUGGUAUAGGCACAGGCACCCAGCUAGUAAAUCACGACACAGGGCAGGUUGUAGCUAUCCUAUAAAUGAGGAACUGGAAAGUUGUUUUUCCUUCUUUCAUUGCCACUGGUGAGAAAGGUGAAGAUUAAAAAAAGGACUCAUGGCAGUCUGGCUCAUGAGAACAGCUGUCUUGUAAAACCUUCUCUUAAUAAAACAUUAACUUAAA